GCGCUUUUUUCGCUAUGUGAAGCCAUGUUCUCUUCGGCUCGUUACUGUCGGGACUAUCCUCUCUCACCUCGAAAAUUAAAGUUCUAGGAAUAUGACCCAGUUGUCUUCCUUUCUUUCGGAAGCCAGUAUUCUCAAAAACUAUGUUCCGGGAGAGCGUGCCAGCAUUGCUAUAAAAGGAGACUCCCAGAUUUUCUCUGCCUCGCUAAACGUGGUGAAAACAGGGCCGAUUUAUCACGGGCAAAACUUCUUUAAAAUCUUGAACAUUUCUUCAUGUACCCCUUUUAAAGUUCUGCUGCUUUUGCUCAACGAGGAUGAGUCACUUCUCGCCGUUGUGGGAGAGAGUUCAAUUGUUAUUGUCGAUGUAAAAUCGGUUGAUUUUGACUCAUCCGAGCCCGUUUGGGACUGCUUUGAUGUGAGCAUAACAAUUCCCAAAGUGGAUGGUACUUCAUGCUCUCUGGUCAUAAAGGACAUUGUGUGGCACCCCGCUAGCUCCACGAAAUCGGAGUUGGUGGUCCUCACCGAAGACGAAAUAUUGCUCUACGACAUUGUAUUUUCAUUGACGCAACCAAUACUAACGUUAGCAUUAAACAAGUCUCCUCAAUUGACCGGGAAGAAAGUGCUGUCAAUUUGUUUCGGGUCGGCACAUAACUUUGCUGGCUCAAUCACGUUGUAUCUAAGCACAAAUUGCGGACAGAUUUAUGGUCUUUACCCGUUCUUGCAUAAAUCCUCAAAGCUUGGUACCUCCAAAAGACUGCUUUCCAAGUUUGUGGAAGACUGGGAUCUGUGCUUUCAGAGUUACGAGUCCAGAAUACCUCCAUCUGCAGCAUUUGCCCUGUAUUGCGCAGUAUUCACUAAACAUUCGGAGCUUGUCCGUAAAGUCGAGGCAGCAUUGCUUUCGCCAUUGUUUUCAGAGGCUGACGCGAAUCAAAUAUUGUCUUUGAGUAUUGACUGGAAUGAGUCUUCUCCCGAACUCUUGGGGCCCUUGGCUACUCUCGGCCCUAAUUUGAAACUCACUCAAACAAGCUCAAAUACUGAUGUUCUGGUAUUGGCUGGAGUCUACAGCGACCACACUGGAAACAUCACUAUCUCGCAUCUUUCUCAGAUUAUUCCAUUAACUAUAUCACUUGAGUUAUCCAGCUUAUCACUCUCACAACCACUCAUGCCAGUUAAAAAGCCAGCACAACCAAAAGAACUUUCUUACUCCCAACCGCCGCGUGGCUUUGGGUAUGUGAUAGACUCCGAAGAUGAUGAGGAUCAAGAAAACGAGGACUUCGAACUCCACAUGCAAACUUAUCGUGAGGAGCUCGAGCUUUACAAUGCCAAGGAUAAAAUCAACCGAUUCAUAGACUCAAACUUCAACAAGUUGUCCGUCGUGGCCACGGAUUCUACUGACUUGAAGUUCACUAGCAACACUGAAAGUCUGUUUCAAAAUCUUCGUGAGUCCCAGAUCUUGGUUGCUCUGGGGACGUCCUUGAUCAUUGGUGACCUGGCGCAAGCUGUUUCUGAGUUUCUUGGUCCUGAAUGCUCGGCAUUUGAUGUACUGUACAAGCUCAUCAAGACAAAUUCCAUCGCCACGAGUUUUGCACGCGUUGAGGACAGGAUUGAGGGGACGGGUGGAUACCUUCUAGCGUGCUCAGCUACAGACAACGCGGAGGUCUUCCAAGUCAAGACAUCUGUAAGACCAGAAAGUCGACUCAAGCUCGAGCCCAAAGACGCGGCUUUCCAAACGAAACCUAGUUCUUCCACACGCCAUACGGCCUUGCCCGCUGCGGAAUUGAGCAUGAUUAAAGCAGACGGAGCAAAGCCAUUGAUGAGCGCCCAGAACAUCGAUCCGACACAAGCUGAAUCCUUGAGGACUGUGCACCAAAUCACCGCUGAUCUGAUCCGUAAAAUAGGGUCUCUAACCAAGUUCAUUCUCGCUUUGCAAAUGAAAAUCGAGAUCCAGUUCAAGGAACUAAAAGAUCAGACGAAAGACUUGCUCUUGGUGAAAGAAAACACCGCGAAGAAGGAGCACUACAACAAAAAUCGUGAAAGGAUUGGCUCUUUGAUUGAGCGCCAGGAAAGCCUCAUCACACGGGCAGAGUGUAUUCGCCACAAAAUUGUUGAGCGCUUCGAGAAGGCCAGAGCGGCACAGAAACUUCCUUUGUCGCUGGCAGAAAUAGAGUGGUUUAAGGAGCUCAACAGUAUCACCAAAACCGUCACUUUAGGCGACAAGACAGCUCCGAGCAUGAAGACACGCGUCGAAAGAUUGCAGGCAGAAGUGCAGAUUUUGAAGGACAGGAAACAGAGUCAACCAUCUGAAGAGAAUUUAAAUGAGAUGCUUUCGAGUUUGCUGUUGAGAAGCGACUUGGUGAAAGUUGCGCUGGCCUUGGCUCUGGAGGGGGACUUGCUAGAACAUUCCAAGAUCACAAUUAGUGCUUGCUUCAAGAGACUCCAGGAUGUUGCAAGUGCUUGAAACCUGGGGCUUGCGUCAAUGUGGUGCGGAUUUUCUUUUUUUGCUGUGGAAUAACCUGGAAUGAAAGAUUCGGGUGCAUAUGAGGGACCGGAACAGACCGGAGGCUGGUGUCCAGGGGAUCUGGGACGUGAGACUCGGCUGUAUGUCAGGCAUUUCAGGUUUGUUUCAGGACUCCGUGAUACAAUACACUCGGGUAUAUAUCAAGGACUCGUGUGUUUAUUAUACCUAAUCACGUAAGGCUUUAUGAGACACAGUGUCGUAUGUGAGGCAAUAUGAGAGACGAUAUGAGAUAAGAGUAGCCUCAUUGUAUGAGACGCUGUACACCAAGCGCCACGUUUCUCAAUCAAUCGAUACUAUGAUUCUUCUACGUGACACGAGAUGAGAUAAUAGGAGAGACAAAGCACACCAUA